GAUAUCAAUUAUCAUCAUUAAACAAAAAAACCAAACCUAUUGUCAAUCAAUUAUGAAAGAAUAAAACUGUCCAACAUUGAAAGUGGUUUUCUUGUUUCUAAUUGAAAUCUGUUGCGUGCGUCAUCAACGCUGUUAUGUCAUUUUUAUUAUUGGUCUUUGAAUUUUAAGUAAAAAAAAAUCUCGAAAAUCUUUCAACUAUUCCAAAUGUGGAAAAGUGCCCAAUACGUUAAUUCGGAUGCAUUAAAGUCGGCAGAUAACGAUGACUGGGAUACCGAUCCAGAUUUUAUUAACGAUGUGACCGAAGAGGAUCAACGUUGGGGUUCGAAAACUAUUGAAGGUUCUGGACGUACGGCUGCCGCUAUCGAUUUAGAUCAGCUUCGAAAUGAAGUUAGCCAAGAAGAUAUACAAUCAAAAGAAAAAUUUGCCCAUCAAUCGCAAAAGGAUAAUAAAGUAGGAUUUGGUGGUAAAUUCGGUGUACAAACAGAUCGUGUGGAUAAAUCAGCCGUUGGUUUCGAUUAUCAUGAAAAAGUGGAUAAACAUCAAUCGCAAAAAGAUUAUUCCACCGGUUUUGGUGGUAAAUUUGGUGUGCAAAAAGAUCGUGUAGACAAAUCAGCUGUUGGUUGGGAAUAUCAUGAAAAAGUAGAUAAACAUCAAUCACAAAAAGAUUAUUCGGUCGGUUUUGGUGGCAAGUUUGGCGUACAGAAGGAUCGAGUUGAUAAAUCGGCCCUCGGAUGGGAGCAUCAUGAAAAGGUGGACAAACAUGAAUCACAGAAAGAUUAUUCCGUAGGAUUUGGUGGCAAAUUUGGUGUACAGAAAGACCGUGUGGACAAAUCGGCUGUCGGCUGGGAACACCACGAAAAAGUAGAAAAGCAUGAAUCUCAAAAAGAUUAUUCGGUUGGCUUCGGUGGUAAAUUUGGAGUGCAAAAAGAUCGAGUGGAUAAAUCUGCUGUAGGUUGGGAACAUCAUGAAAAAGUGGAAAAACAUUCUUCACAAUUGGACGCUAGUAAAGGAUUUGGUGGUAAAUUCGGUGUACAAAAAGAUCGAGUUGAUAAAUCGGCCCUCGGUUGGGAGCAUCAUGAAAAAGUGGACAAGCAUGAAUCACAGAAAGAUUAUUCUGUCGGUUUUGGUGGCAAAUUUGGCGUGCAGAAAGAUCGUGUCGAUAAAUCGGCCCUUGGCUGGGAACAUCAUGAAAAGGUGGACAAACAUGAAUCACAAAAAGAUUAUUCUGUUGGAUUUGGCGGAAAAUUUGGUGUACAAAAAGAUCGUGUAGAUAAAUCGGCUGUUGGUUGGGAUCAUCACGAAACAGUGGAGAAACAUUCAUCACAAUUGGAUGCAAGCAAAGGAUUUGGUGGGAAAUUUGGCGUGGAAAAAGACCGUAAAGAUAGCUGCGCCAAACGUUGGGAAGAUCGUGAUGAUGAUGAUGAUGAUACAAAAAAGACAACAAACAUACAAAAGAAAGAAAUUAUUAAAGGUGAUGCCAAAUCAUUGGCAAGUAAAUUCGAAAAUCUAGCCAAACAAGAUGAUACUGUAGCCCGUGAAAGAAUUCAACGUGAACGUCAAAAACGAAUCGAACAAGAAGCACAUGAAAAAGAAUUGAAUAAAGAUCGUGUAGUGUUUGAAAGUGAAGCCCGAGAAGAUGAAGAAGAAUCUGGUGAUCGAUCGACAGAAUCUAGAAAUACCAAUACCAAUGUUAAUGAUGAUGAUGAUGAAAGGCCACUUCAUCAGCAAAAAGGUCGCCAUCUCAAUAAGAUAGGCAUCUCGGUAUUACCGGUGCCAAAAUCACCAACAACCAUAACCGCUGCUAAUACUACUAUAACAACAUCUUCAAUUCAACCAGAACCUGUAAUUAGUAAUCAACAACCGAUAGAAAUUCAACCAGCUGUUGUCGAAACAAAUCCAGUUCAUCAAGAACAAGAACAAGAAGCAACAAGUUGUGUGACAACUGUUGAAACAACAAACAAUGAAGAUCUAGGUUUAACGGCAAUUGCAUUGUUUGAUUAUGAAGCGGCCGAAUCGGAUGAAAUUACAUUUGAUCCAGAUGAAUUGAUUACUAAUAUUGAAAUGAUUGAUGAAGGAUGGUGGCGUGGUCAAUGUCGUGGUAAAGUGGGCCUAUUUCCAGCCAAUUAUGUCAAGCUCAACGAAUGAUGAUGAUGAUGAAAUGACCACAAUGAUGAAAUUGUUUAAUUUUAUUUUAUUUUUUUUUUCUCGUUUUUUAUAUAUAUUUGAUAUUUAUACACACACACACACACACUUAUACGAACAAACGAACAAUACGAUUUAUUUUUAACUUUUUCGGUCUUUCGUCAUUCAUGAAAAAAAUAUCACCACCACCAACAACAACAAAAAGGUAUUUUAUCUGUAUGCAAAAUGCAUUUUUUUACAAAAUUAAUUUUUUGAGAAAUAAAAAAAAAAAAUUAAUUAUU